GAGGCGGAGCCGGGCGGCGCGCGCUCCAGGGCGUGCGGCUUGACGGGCGUGGAACGGCCGUUAGGAGACCUGAGGAGCGGAUUCGCGGCUCGUGCGGACGUGGUGGCCGCCGUCAGUAUCCCAGAGUGAGGGAGGCCGCCGCUCGCUCUCAGGCCCGUUUGUCUCAGGUAACUGAUGGCCAUGCAAGAAAAAUAUCCAAAUGACAGGUCUCCUCAUGCUACUUCACCGGGUUCCAAUGUGAUUCAGAAAGGCAGUUCUCUGGGAACUGAAUGGCAGACACCAGUUAUCUCAGAGGCCUUCCGGAGCCGCUUCAGCCGCUGCUCAAGCAUUGCUGACAGUGGGGACACAGCCAUUGGAACAUCAUGCUCAGACAUUGCAGAGGAUUUUUGCAGCUCAAGUGGCAGCCCUUCCUUCCAGCCAAUCAAAAGCCACAUAACCAUUCCAACAGCCCAUGUGAUGCCUUCUACUUUGGGGGCCUCUCCUGCCAAACCAAAUUCUACACCUUCCGGGCCUUCUUCCACUAAACUCCCCUUGUCAGGAUUGACUGAAGGUGUGGGGAUGACAAGAAAUGGAGACUUUGGUGCAGUGAAACGUUCCCCGGGCCUAGCAAGAGAUUUUAUGUAUCUCCCUAGUGCUGCUGGGGAAAAGGGGAUUCAGCAGUCCUGGUUUCCAGCUGUCGGCCAUGAAAGAGAGGGAGAGAUGAGGAAGUUUGAUGUUUCUAGCAUGGAGUCUACCCUUAACCAGCCAGCCAUGCUGGAGACAUUAUAUUCAGAUCCACAUUACCGAGCCCAUUUCUCCAACCCAAGACCUGAUACAAAUAAGGAGGUAUACAAAGUAUUGCCGGAAUCCAAGAAGGCACCAGGCAGUGGGGCAGUAUUUGAGCGGAAUGGACCACAUGCUAGCAGCAGUGGGGUGCUCCCUUUGGGACUCCAGCCUGCUCCUGGACUUUCCAAGUCACUAUCCUCUCAGGUGUGGCAACCAAGUCCUGACCCUUGGCAUCCUGGAGAACAGUCCUGUGAACUGAGUACUUGUCGACAGCAGUUGGAGUUGAUUCGUUUACAGAUGGAGCAAAUGCAGCUUCAGAAUGGAGCAGUCUGUCACCAUCCUGCUGCUUUUACUCCGUUACUGCCCACCUUAGAGCCUGCACAAUGGAUCAGCAUCUUGAACAGUAAUGAACAUCUCUUGAAGGAAAAGGAACUCCUCAUUGACAAGCAAAGGAAACAUAUCUCUCAGCUGGAGCAGAAAGUGCGAGAGAGUGAGCUACAAGUCCACAGUGCCCUUUUGGGCCGCCCUGCCCCCUUUGGGGAUGUCUGCUUGUUGAGGCUACAGGAGCUGCAGCGAGAGAACACUUUCUUACGGGCGCAGUUUGCACAGAAGACAGAAGCCUUGAGCAAAGAGAAGACAGAGCUGGAGAAAAAGCUCUCGGCUGCCGAGGUUGAGAUGCAGCUCCUCAGGGAGUCUCUCAAAGUGACACUGCAGAAGCACUCGGAGGAGGGGCGGAGACAGGAGGAAAGGGUCAAAGGUCGUGAUAAACAUAUCAAUAAUUUGAAAAAGAAAUGUCAGAAGGAGUCAGAGCAGAACCGGGAGAAGCAGCAGCGUAUUGAAACCUUGGAGCGCUAUCUAGCUGACCUGCCCACCCUAGAAGAUCAUCAGAAACAGACCGAGCAGCUUAAGGAUGCUGAGUUAAAGAACACAGAACUGCAAGAGAGAGUGGCUGAGCUGGAAACUCUGUUGGAGGACACCCAGGCAACCUGCAGAGAGAAGGAGGAUCAGCUGGAAAGUCUGAGACAGAGAGAAGCAGAAGUCUCCUCUGCUAGACACAGCUUUCACGAUGAACAGUCUAUGGAGGAAGGCAGUGGAGGAAGCCUCAAAGUGGAAAUGGAAUCCCAGCAGAAGGAACGUGAUUCCCUCCUAAAGAUAGUGGAGAGGCAACAGCUGAAGAUGGAGCAGCUGCACUCCCAAGUCCAGAGCCAAAAGCAAGAACUGGCACAAGAAGAAGGGAUAAGCCAGGCCCUGAGAGAGGAGGCCCAGCGGAGGGAGACGGCCCUGCAGCAGAUGCGCACAGCCAUGAAGGAGCUCUCAGUGCAAAACCAGGACCUGAUUGAGAAGAAUCUGACGCUGCAAGAGCACCUGCGCCAGGCCCAGCCGGGGGCCUCAUCUUCACCAGACGCGGCCCAGCUGGCAUCUGAGCUGCAUCAGGAACUGGCCAGUUGCCUUCACGAUUUGCAAGCUGUCUGCAGCAUUGUGACCCAGAGGGCCCAGGGCCACAACCCUAACCUCUCUCUGCUCCUAGGCAUUCACUCCACCCAGCACCCAGGGACGAUGCAGCUAGACCUGCAGAAGCCAGAUGUGAUCCGGAGGAAACUCGAAGAGGCUCAACAGCUGCGCCAUGACAUUGAGGACUUAAGGACCAGCCUGUCAGACAGAUAUGCCCAGGACAUGGGAGAAAACUGUGCCACACAGUGAGGAGUGCCAGGGAGGACCUAGGCUGCUGCUAGCCUUGCCAGAAGGUUCCUUCCCUGACAGUUCUGCCUUCCGCUGCUGCACCCAGAGGGGAGAGAGCCUGCACCGGGGCCAGGGUUGUGAGAAGCCUGCCUGUUUUGCUGUGCCCUGGCUUUGCCUUAUUGGGUUAUGUUUGCCUGUUAUCUUAAGUCACUCUUAAAGGCUGAGUUACUAAUUAACCUUUUGCAGAUUUCAACUGAUAACAUCCUCACAAGUUGUUCCCAGUUCUAACCUGAGAUGAGGAGCAAACAGGCUGCUUGCCUCCCCUCCACCCUCCAGGAUGGAUCCAUGUUCAUUCCUAUCCAUACCUUGUUCCUACUGAUGCUCUCUCUAUUAAGAGAGGCCUAAAGGGUUAAGUAGGAGUAGCAACCUUUUGAGAAUUCUCAGGCCCCUUGUAUCAGACUUCCUGGGAACUCAGCUGGCUUUCUGGGUUUUCUCAGGUACCUCCUUCCUCAGGGCUGUUGUUCCCACAGGGGCUCAGGGUUUUCUACCCUCAGCAAAGCCCCUACUGUGAUGACUGGCUUGGGGGCUAUAGCAGAGCUCCUCGGCCUGCUGUGCUGUCUUUUACAGGAAACUUCCUAGGUACCCUGUCUGUCCCUAGAACUUAGGGCGUGUGGGCAUGUGCUCGGGUCCUCUAGCUCAGACUCUGGUUGCUUUCUGUUCCCGGGCUGGGCAGAAGUUUCCUCCGUAAGACCACGGGGCAGCUGUCUCUGCUCACUCCUUCCUAAGGCUGGGGUCCAUAGCCAGUCCUCCGAGGUGUGCCUCUCAUUUGGGGUUAGGAGGAUUUCCUUUUUCCUGCUCUGACCUUGAGAAUUUGGCGCACCUAGUGUGGGUCAGCACUGAGAUAAAGUGUUGGGUGUUUUCUGGUGUUUUGUGUUUCUCUAGAGCCUUGACCCUUCGCUUUCUGGUUUUUCUUGUCUCCCAAUUUAGGAACCGUCUCAGUUUUAUCUGGUUGCUGGGCCAGUCCUCAGCCUCCUCUAGUUUGGAGCCAAGGGCCCUGUAUGUAUGAGGAGCAAAGUAUCUGUGGGGGUGCAGAGGCAGCCAUAACAGGACUUCUGCUAAGCCCCUGGGCUGUUAAAAGCACCCUGGACCUCCAGGGCCUAAGUGGGCCUCUUUACAAGUGUUUUAACAAGGUUGUGUUUUAUUUAUGGAGUGGCUUACCUUUCAGAGUAGCCACACACACCCAGUUGACUAUCCCCUCAGCCACUGGGCUGCUGCCUCCUAAAAACAGCUUCCUGGUUGGUCUCCACCCUAUGUCAUCAGGAGCCCAGCCUCCAUGCUCACGGGUAUUUUUCUUCGUAAAGUUUAUAAAGUUAUUUAUAUGAAUCUUUGUUAUGUCGACUGGUUUGUAUUGCCUAUUUUGAUUACAGAAUAAAACAUUUAACAAAUGUG